UCUCUCUUUCUCUCUCGCCGCCUCCUCUCUCCGUCUCGCUUCGGUUCCUUCCUCGAGUCGAAACCUCGCGAAGCCGCCGCCGCCGCCGCCGACUCUCGCUAGGGCUAGGGUUUUCCUCCCGCCGCCGGGAGCCCCUCCCCCUGCAACCGCGCAAGGGAUGGCUAUGCAAGUUGGGGAAUCAGUUGCUCCUUUAAGUCCACAAAUGAUUGGAAAUGCGUUUGUUCAACAAUACUACAAUGUUCUCCAUAGUUCACCGGGUCAAGUUUGUAAGUUCUAUCAUGAUUCAAGCACCCUUGGUCGACCAGAUUCUAAUGGAACCAUGACAUCUGUAACCACAUUGACUGCUAUCAACGAUGAAUUUCUCUCUACGGACUUCAGUAGCUGUUUGAUUAAGUUAGAGAAUGUGGAUGCACAGUUAUCCCUCAAUGGUGGUGUGCACAUUUUGGUAACUGGAUCUAUUGGACACAAUGGCACUAUGAGGCAUAGAUUUAGCCAGUCAUUCUUCCUUGCUCCACAAGAAAGCGGAGGCUAUUUUGUUCUGAAUGAUAUGCUAAGAUAUGAUUCUCUGCAAGAAACACUGUUGACUGAGACAAAUGAUUCUCCACAAGAAAGACUGUUGACUGAGAUAAAUGAUUCUCUGCCUAACCAUGUUGAUGAUAACACUCACAGUGUCACAUUUACAUCUGAGCCAGAGACUUCAGGCAAUGUCAAUGAGACUGCAGACUUGGAGCUUCCAUCUGCAGAGAAUGUCAAUGACAAUGUUGAGAAUCUGCCUGCCAAUGACAGUUCUCCCGAAGAAAAUGUUCUUGUUGAGGCAUGCACGGAAGUGGUUAGUUCGUGUGCAGAGAACAUUCCUGCAGCUGCACCUGCACCUGCUCCUCGUGCCUCGACUCAGAAGGAUGUUACUAAACAGUCAUAUGCAUCAGUUGUUAAGGUUACAAAGGAGGGCACACCAACUCCACCUGUUGCAAAGCCCAAGCCCAAACCCAAACCAAAGCCAACUGCAAAAGUGACUGACAAUGUGGAGAAAGCUGUGUCCUCACCUGUGAAACCUACUAAUGCAGCUGAUACCACAUCUCCAAAUGACAAAAAUGUUCUUGUUGAGCAAGGGUAUUCUGUUUAUGUAAAGCACUUACCUUAUGAAUGUACCACGAAAGAUGUUGAGGAAAAGUUCAGGAAAUUUGGUGCUAUCAGGCCUGGUGGUAUUCAAGUUCGACACCGUCAGCCCGAUGGAUUCUGCUUUGGCUUUGUUGAAUUUGAGUCUCGGCAAUCCAUGCUAGCAGCAAUUGAGGCCUCUCCAGUUUCUAUUGGCUCAAAAGCAUCCAUUGUUGAGGAGAAACGAACUACAACUCGAGUUGUUAAUGGUGUCACCCAUAUUGAAAACAAUGGCAAUGCUCGGGGUGGUCGGUUCCAGCAAGACAACAGAGGUGGUGGAUACCGUGGGGACAACUUCAGGGGACGAGAAGCAGGUUUCGUGAACAAUGGUAACUACCGUGAUGGUGAUAACAUGAGGAACGGAUUCAGAAAUCAGAACGAGUACUCAGGGCGUGGUCGUGGGCCUCAGGGGAAUGGUUACCAUCAGAAUGGUAACGGUGGUGGUUACCAUCAGAAUGGAAAUGGAUACCAUCAGAACGGUGAUGGAUACCAUCAGAAUGGGAACAGAUACAAUCAGAACGGGAACAGAUACCAUCAGAACGGAGAUGAGUACUAUCAGAACGGCAAUGGCAAUGGACAUCGGCAGAAUGGGUCUGGAUACUAUCAUCAGAAUGGGAAUGGCUAUCGUCAGGACCGCAUCUUCCACAAUGGGAAUGGAAAUGGGCGGCCUGCUCGCUUCAAUGGACCCAGGCAAACACCGGUUCAAGCGUAGGCGUUUCUUGAAUAUCCAAAAAAUCCUUUUGUCAAUCCUAGGAUCGCCUUAUUUAUCUGUGUUCUUUUGCACCCCAUUCGGCUGCGACAAAGUUCAGUCCCAGCCCUUCGUUUUGCCUCGAUGCUUUUGCUGACUAGUUGGCAUGUUCUGGAUGUACUUGGUGAGACCAGGAAGUGUAAUUUUGGAAAGGUUGGGAGCUUACUGCAAGGUUCGUGACUUCAUGUCGAGACAUGCUAUCUAAUAUAUGCAUUAGUAUUUAUGGCACGCAGAUGGAUGAAGGAUCUGUUGUGUGCUUUUCCUUAUGAGAAAGCUUGGUGUUCUAGUUGUUUCA